AUGAUAACUUUUCAAGCAUCUUCAAGCACCAUCUCAAACUUGCUCUUAGUUUCAUGUGGUUUUCUCUUGCCAACCCUGGUAUUAGGAGAUUGCACAUGUGAGAGAGAUGAGACUAAAAGGAGUGACUCAAGUGCAGUGCUUCACUACAAACUUGGGUCAAUUGCUUCUGUGCUUGUUGCUGGGGCUCUUGGGGUGAGUCUUCCAUUGCUGAGCAAAAGAAUCCCUGCUCUUAAUCCCAAGAAUGACAUAUUCUUCAUGGUUAAGGCCUUUGCUGCAGGGGUGAUUCUUGCAACUGGGUUUGUCCACAUACUUCCUGAUGCAUAUGAAAGCUUGACUUCACCUUGCCUUAAGGAGAAUCCAUGGGGGAAGUUUCCCUUCACUGGCUUUGUUGCCAUGAUGUCCUCAAUUGGGACCUUAAUGGUGGACUCAUUUGCCACAGGCUUCUACCACAGGCAACAUUUUAACCCCUCCAAGCAGGUUCCUGCUGAUGAAGAGAUUGCAGAUGAACAUGCUGGUCACAUACAUGUUCACACUCAUGCCACACAUGGCCAUGCUCAUGGAGCACCUCUCUCCUCUCAGGAUUCAGAAACGUCUGAAGUAAUUAGGCAGCGCAUCAUAUCACAAGUGUUGGAAAUAGGAAUUGUGGUCCAUUCGGUGAUAAUUGGAUUAUCAUUGGGAACUGCGGGGAGCAUUGAUACCAUAAAACCUCUUCUGGUGGCCUUAUCUUUCCAUCAAUUUUUUGAGGGGAUGGGUCUUGGUGGUUGCAUAUCUCAGGCAGAGUUUGAGUCAAAGUCUACAGCAAUUAUGGCAACUUUUUUCUCCCUGACAACUCCAAUUGGUAUAGCAAUUGGAAUGGGAGUGUCAAGUGCUUAUAAAGAGAAUAGCUCAACUGCUUUAACUGUUGAAGGGGUCUUCAAUUCUGCUUCUGCUGGGAUUUUGAUAUAUAUGGCUCUGGUUGAUCUUUUAGCAGCAGAUUUUAUGAACCCAAGAUUGCAGAAAAAUUUGAAGCUCCAACUAGGGGCAAAUAUGUCCCUUCUUUUAGGCUCUGGUUGUAUGUCUCUGUUGGCCAAAUGGGCUUAAGGUUUUUGCUUUGGUUUUAUUAAUUACUUCCAAUUCCUUACCUAAUUUAUAGAGCUAUUUUCUUUCUCUUUAAAUGUC